CUCUGCCUCUGUCGCUUUAAGAGCUGAGCCCAGAUCUCACAGCUUACAGCGAGGGAGGGAGAAGAGGAGGGACAGAGGCUGAGAGAGAGACAGAGAGGGAGGGUGUGAGGCUGGAAGUGUGUGAGAAGAGAGAGAGAGAGAAACAGCAGUGUGUGUGAGAGGUUGAAGGAUCACUUCAAUCCCGUCUUGUUUUGGGGGAGACUAACCUUGUUCAUCUGAAGCAUUGUCGGACUGUUUUAUGUUGUUGUUGUCGAGAGAGACGGACCCUUACUCCAGCAUGCUCACUGAGCCUGAGCUACCUCAGGAGUGUAACAGGAUGUCUUCCAAGCGACCAGCCUCUCCAUAUGGGGGGACAGAUGGAGAGGUAACCAUGGCAACCAGCAGACAGCGAGUGGAGGACGAGGAGAGCGAGGGACUGGGCGGUGUCAUCCACCUCCCUCUGGCCUCCUACUGCGGAAAGGUGUCUCCUCGCUCGCCCCCCAGCCGCCACUUGGACAGCCCCCCCAGCACGGAGCAUGAGGGCAUGAAGGGGAGCUCCCUGAGCCCUUACCCACAGCAUAAUGCUACCUCACCAGGCAAAGAGGAGAGCGGAGGUGGGGGGCGCCCCUGCAGCGAUGGGGGCACGGCGACCGGUACCCUGGGGACCCCUGAGAGACGCAAGGGCAGCCUGGCAGAUGUUGUGGACACACUGAAACAGCGCAAGAUGGAAGAACUGAUCAAAAACGAGCCAGAAGAGCCCCCCAGCAUUGAGAGGCUGUUGUCAAAGGACUGGAAGGAUAAACUUUUGGCCAUGGGCUCAGGGCACAUCGGAGAAAUUAAAGGUACCCCAGACAGCCUGGCGGAGAAGGAGCGCCAGCUCAUGGGCAUGAUUGGCCAGUUGAGCAGCCUGAGGGAGCAGCUUCUGGCGGCGCACGAGGAGCAGAAGAAGCUGGCCGCCUCACAAAUGGAGAAGCAGAGGCAGCAGAUGGAGCUGGCCAAGCAGCAGCAGGACCAGAUUGCCCGGCAACAGCAGCAGCUCCUGCAGCAGCAACACAAAAUCAACCUCCUGCAGCAACAAAUCCAGCAGGUCCAGGGCCAACUCCCUCCACUGAUGAUUCCAGUGUUUCCUCCUGACCAGCGGACUCUGGCCGCCGCCGCAGCCCAGCAGGGCUUUUUGAUGCCCCCCGGGUUCAACUACAAGCCUGGCUGCAGUGACCCUUACCCUCUCCAGCUCAUCCCCACAACAAUGGCUGCCGCUGCCGCCGCCACGCCGGGCCUGGGUCCCCUGCAGCUCCAACAGUUGUAUGCAGCUCAGCUGGCGGCCAUGCAGGUUUCCCCGGGAGCGAAGCAGCACAGUGGCAGCCUCGCGCCACAAUCCAACCUGGGCGCACACUCCCCACCCACAAACUCGCAUCCACAGGGGGACAAGAACCGCAAUUCGCCAUCCUCACACAAGAACAAGGACAGUGAGGGUGCACAGCCACUGAACCUGUCGGCCAAGCCUAAGGCAUCCGAGAGCAAGUCACCCAACUCCCCCCCAACUUCCCCACAGGUUCCCGCUGCUGCUGCCGCCACCACCAAGCUGGGUCCCGCUGGCUCCCUGAAGCACAGUGCAGUGCCCUCCAGCAUCGGAGCGCCGCCGACCAGAGUCAGCUCAAUAGCAGACUUGCUGUCUUCGCUGUCCUCAACAGCCUACCUGAACGACCACGAGGCGGUAAGCAAGGCCUUCGCCGAGGCCCGGCAGAUGAAGGAGCAGCUGAAGGGGGAGCAGCAGGCCCUCGACGCCAAGCUGGCCUCCGUCAGCAACCUCAGCCUCAACAACGGACGCUCAGACAAGGAGAAAGCUGCCUUGGAGAGUUUGAGUCAGCAGCUGAAGCAGCAGGCCGACGACAAGUUUAGCCACGCCAUGCUGGACUUCACCAUGAGUGGAGACUCUGACGGGUCCCCCAGCGUGUCAGACUCCAGAAUAUUUCGGGAAACCCGCGGCCGGAACAACAACGAGCCGCACAUCAAGCGGCCGAUGAACGCCUUCAUGGUUUGGGCCAAAGACGAGAGGCGGAAGAUCCUCCAGGCGUUCCCAGACAUGCACAACUCCAACAUCAGCAAGAUUCUCGGCUCGAGGUGGAAAGCCAUGACCAACCUGGAGAAGCAGCCGUACUACGAGGAGCAGGCUCGCCUCAGCAAACAACAUCUGGAGAAAUACCCGGACUACAAGUAUAAACCUCGGCCCAAACGCACCUGCCUGGUGGACGGCAAGAAGCUGCGCAUCGGCGAGUACAAGGCCAUCAUGAGGUCCCGCAGGCAGGAGAUGAGACAAUACUUCAGCGUAGGGCAGCAGGGCCAGCUGCCCUUAUCCUCAGCAGGCAUGGUCUACCCAGGUGCCCUUUCCAUGGCAGGGAUGCCCUCCCCCCAGAUGCCCUCAGAGCACUCGAGCAUGUCCAGCAGCCCCGAGCCCAACGCCAACCACCAGAACCCCCACAUGCCUGAAGGACUGAAGGGGGAUGAGCCACGGAUCAAGGAGGAAGAACUGCGGCUAGACGACAGCAACGGUGAUGUGUACGACGAUUUCGACUACGAGGACGAAGAGGCCGACUACACCAGCGAUAACGAGAACCACAUCACCCAUUAAGGGGGCGCCAGUGACUGCUGGUAAAUCUUUAAGGAUUCUAAACUCAUCAGUCAGGAAGAGGAGUUUGUAUUUUGCCAAUCACCUCAAGUUUAAAAAAUAAAAACACCUCCCACCCUCUCUUCUCCUGGCUAACAUGGACUCUCUGACCAGAGCCAAACCCCCUCUCCUCCCACUGGAGUCCUGAUACCAGCAUCGGAUCAAUUAAUGGAAGCACAGGACCUGUCACUCACACUGACUGUUACACAUGCUGGAGUAUGGGAGGAAGCCAGUUUAAAGCUCACUGAGGAAUAUUCAAGUACUACUGCAAGAGUGUAAUGCCACAAGUGAGGAGACAUUUAUAAAAAUCAACCCUUUUCGCUCCUAUUUGGAGAAAAGGAGACAUUUUAAACUGAAACACUAAACAGCGGACCUGUCAAAAGGCUAACAGAAGACACUUUAGGAUGGCGGACCUGUUUAUUAUCAAGAGACACUUUUAAGAAACAGCUUUUUUUGUUCUUUGGUUCUAUAAUAUUCUCACUCAGGUACACGGUGCCAAUAAGUGGCUUGUGAAUGUGAUUUGUUGUUUUUGUGCUACAAGUUUGGAUAAUAAUAGAAAAAAGAGACUUCUUUUUUCCCCUUUUGUUGUAAAGCACCUAAAACACAUCAGACCUUUAUUUUUAACUGAAUCUCCAGCCUUGCAGCGUGCUGUCGGCGCCUCCACCUG